GAGGUUCUGCCUGCGUCAGAUAGUUUUCUCCAAUGGGGAAAGGUGACUAAAUACUAGUUGUCCCAUUGUCGUCCUAUUGGCAAGGGAAGCGAUGAUGGACGACUCCGGCGCUGUCCAAAUGGCGAGAGCGCUGAAGUGCGCAGCCUUGUGCCUGAUGCUGCUGCCCCGUUUCCUCCUGGCCGCCGUCAUGCUGUGGCUCCUGGAUUUCUUGUGCAUCAGGAGAAAAGUGCUGCUGAAAAUGGGCGAGCGCCAGGACAGCCCGGACGACCCGCCGGUGUGCGUCUCCGACUCCAACAAGAUGUUCACCUGGGAGUCCCUCAGGGCCGUGUGGCACGGCCAGAAGCUGGACUUUCUCAAAUCGGCGCACCUCGGGGAGGUUGCGCCCAACACCGAGGUGGUGCUGGUCCAGGAGCGGCGACAGGUCCGGAUCCUGGACUGUACGAAAGGGAAGAGACCGCUCGUCCUAAACUUUGGCAGCUGCUCUUGACCGCCGUUCAUGACGCGUCUGUCGUCGUUUCAGCGCGUCGUCAGGCAAUACGCGGACAUCGCGGACUUCUUGGUUGUGUACAUCGAGGAGGCGCACCCGACGGACGGCUGGGUGAGCUCCGAUGCGCCUUACCAGAUCCCCAAGCACCGCUGCCUGGAGGACAGGCUAAGAGCCGCGCAGCUGAUGUUCACCGAGGUGCCAGAGAGCAACGUGGUGGUGGACAACAUGGACAACUCGUCCAACGCGGCGUACGGAGCCUACUUCGAGAGACUUUACAUCGUGAUGGAUGAGAGGGUGGUGUACCAGGGGGGAAGGGGUCCGGAGGGCUACCGGAUCUCCGAACUGAGGAACUGGCUGGAGCAAUACAGAAAGGAGGUGGUGGACCCCCAGACAGCGGUGCUGUGUGUGUAACCGAACUGCCCUGCUGCUCUGCCCUCUGCUUUAGUGUCCAAUCCACAGUGCAAAAUAUCCAGAUGCUGCUAUCACACGUUCACACAUGGC